AGGACAAUUUUACGUCUGAGUGUGGUAAACAAUAACUGAAUAGAAAAUAAAUUAAAUGUCAACAUCAGUAUUUUUAAGUUUAAAUGUCUACAAAUGUGUGUUCUGAUUUUUAUAUGAUGAAUGGUUAUUUGGCAGUAAACUUAAAGAGAUUGUUCACCCGCAAAAUUAAAAUUCUGUCAUCAUCCAUGUCAUUUCAAACCUGUAUGACUUUCUUUCUUCUGAAAAACACAAAGAUAUUUUGAAGAAUGUUGGUAACCGAACAACGGUGGCACCCAUUGACUUGCAUUGGUUUUUUGUCCAUACAAUAGAAGUGAAUGGCUACAGCGGUUGUGCGGUUACAGUAAUCACAAGUAAUCACAAGAAUUACAGUACAUAAAUAUUCUCAGGUAGGCUAUCUCCCAAUUCCCUCUUUCCAAACUAUCACCUCAAAUUGGUAAAGCUAAGCUUCACACAUAAGCGUCGAGGGGGUCACAUCAAACUUGCAUUUGAUUGGCUUAUAGAUGCUGCCCAUUGCAUUGCUUGACCAUCAUUGGCUACUUCACUGAAGGUUAAAACCUUCUCUAGCACACAUACCCUUCUUUCAAGUCACGAGGCGCUGCCAUGGGCUAAUUCUGUACCCACCACUCGUAUUACCCAUAUUACCCUGAGAGAGAGAAAGAGUGAGCGUAACUGUGUAUGUGUGUAUGAGAGAGAGUCAGAGAGAGGGAGGGGCGAGCAAGUUGAGUCCAGAGAGGGGGAGGGGACGGAGAAUGUGGGAGAAGCAACAGCUUGAGAUUUCUAGGGAGACUGUCUAAGGGAAAGUCGGAGCCACUAACAAAUGAGAAGGAAGUACGAGAGGCAAGGAAAUGACGGUGAAGAAGUGAAAGGAAAAUAAGAAACAUGCCUUACAGAACAUAGGGAGGAAAAGAGGAAUUUCUUCUUGCGCAAGAAAAAGCAAAAAUGGAAAGAGACUUUUGAUGGAUUAAUCAGAGCUUGAGAGAGCAAAGCAGCAGAGAAGUGAGAAGAGACCGGGCCCAGCGGUCAUGACAGUCAGUUAAAAUAAGCCGGCGGAGGAAGUUGUUGGCAGAAGUAGCAUCUGCAUUUGGAUGAGAGUUCAUGAGGAUACAUGCAUGUCGCCGGCUGUGUGUGAGUGCGAGUGAGUGCGUGAGAGUGGACGCACGUUAUGAAGACCCGAAUGCUCUGUCUGCUUCCGGUGAUCCUUGUGUGUUCCUUCUGCAGUGUGGCCUUCUGGUUUUUUCUUACAAACAAUAAUGUAAUCACUCGUCCUGUAUCUAAGAUUCCUCAAAAAGGCUCUGAUGCUUCAGAAUCUUGCAAAGGAUGCAAAGACAGUGUAUUAAUUACCAAAGCACUGGAGAACUACUCAAGCAAAUGGAAGAAACAGGAGGCAAACUUCAAAAAGUUCAGGUCAUUAUUAAGCAGCAAGUGUCAUGCUGUGUCUAAGGCUGUGGUCACACAGAGUAACACGCCACUGGGGUCAAAUGUGGUCUAUGAUGGAGAGAGGAGAAAGCCACUGCAGGUGACACCUGCUCUGUUCAGCAUAUUUGCUAAGGAGCAGCCCUUUAGAAAUGCAACAUUCGAAUCGUGUGCUGUGGUGGGGAAUGGAGGUAUUUUGUCCAAUAGCAGCUGUGGACAGAAAAUAAAUUCCGCUCAAUUUGUCAUCAGAUGUAAUCUUCCACCACUGGGGAAUGGACAUGAGCAGGAUGUUGGCAACAAAACAAACUUGGUGACUGCAAAUCCCAGCAUCCUUCACGAGAAGUACAGCGGACUGAUGGAUCGACGCCGUCCAUUUGUGGAAAGCCUCCGUCCCUACGGACAGGCCUUACUGCUGCUACCUGCUUUCUCCUACGCCCACAACACGCCCGUAUCCCUGCGUGCCUUUUACACACUGGAGGACUUCGGAAGAGAAGGUCCGCUGCCUGUUUUUCUGAACCCGGACUACAUGAGGAGGCUGUCGAAGUUCUGGCGCGAAAGAGGGCUCAACUCGGUCCGCCCCAGCACGGGACUCAUCAUGGCUAGCUUAGCACUAGAGAUUUGCACUAACGUCCAUUUGUACGGCUUUUGGCCUUUCAACAAACAUCCGCAUGACAAUCGGUCGAUCACCAACCAUUAUUACGAUGAUCGGGAGAGCAAAAAGAAUGUGCAUUCCAUGCCAACUGAGUUUGAACAUUUACUAAAACUCCACAAGCAAGGUGUGGUGCAUAUACACCUGGGUGACUGUCAACCCAAUCGCAGGUAAAAACCUGUGGGCCUUAGACCCCACAGAAUACCUCUCUAUCCGAUUUGGUACUACAACACCUGUAAGGCUCAUUUUCACUGCUGAGAGAAUGAAGGCCUUUCUGAAAACAAAGCAGCUUUGAAUGUGAAUGUGCACUGAGGCUAUGAAUCUCUAUUGCUUGUAUUGCUGUUCGCACACACACUUUACCUUAAGAUGAAUUUGCACAUAUACGCGCACAUUUUGCCUCCGUACUGUGAAGGAAUUUAAUUAGGAAAAUGACUCCCAGACCUGCAUCCUCCCUAAAGACCCCUAAGCACUCAUUCAAGCGGUCUUGCCUUAGUCAGUCUUGAACACGUUCACUUUUGGUGCGUCUCCAGCUGUUGCCUCUCAUUCAUCACAAGUGCCAGUCUGUUCUCUUUAAAAACGAGCAGUAAUGAAUCUGAUCUCAGGUGUGCGGAGUAAGCUGUAAUAACAUGAACACUGAAAUCUAAUGCCGCCUUCAUGUGAACAUGGGAAACUCGUGCCAUCCAGUUGGGCAUUCGUUAGGAUGACAUGUAACACGUUAAAGUGCGAAAAUAACACGGAAGUAGCAAAACUUACAAAAUAUAGUUCAUUUAUGCUACAUCCAUUUUAUAUAUCUGUAAAGUGCCCAAACAGGUAUCCCUUUACAAAAGUCAUGGAAAUCUUUAUUUCCCCCCCCGUAUGGUGUAUACUGGUAUCAAAUAAAAUAUUUAGUUUUCUUAAAAUGAUCCAUACAUCAAACAUAUAAUGAUUGAAAAAACACAUGUAGAAUUGAUAUAACUUUGCAAAAUCAUUCAUUACCUUUGAUGACAGUUUGCAUUCCAUUGUUUUGGAUUUCGACAACUCGACUCGGCAACUCGUAAUGUGUAUAAUCCAGAGAAUCCCACUGGUUAACGCAACUUCAUUUGGGCAUUCAUGUGUGUGGAACUCGCAAAUAUAUGAUAUUUUCGUCUCCACUUGAAGGCAGCAUAAUUCUAGUCUUUGAUUCCACAUUUUAGCUGCUUCCACAUUGAACUGGAUACAUUUGAAAAAUGUAUCUUUUUCAUAAAGUUUUAGUUUUAUGUCUAUAAGAGCUUUAAUCCAUUUUAAAGAGAAAGAUCUCAAGUAGAUUCGUUUGAAAACUGUGAUGGAGUGCGUAUAAAUUAUUGAAAGUUAACUAAAUAUAUAAUACAAUGUGGAAGUGUUGCACCUCUAAUUUCAUGCCGGCUGUUCACGUGUUAAAUAUGUAGAAUAUAUGUGACAGAAUUUACUGUGAAAAAGCUUGAGGAAAGCAUUUGAAAAUGGUGGUGUGGAGAACGGAAAACGCUUUUCAAUAUUAUCCGGAUUAAUGUCGACAUUUAGGCUAAGAGAAUUCUUUGAUGUCUGGAUUAUUUAAAACGUGACAAUAUGAUUGCAGGAUGAAACAAUAGGAAACACAUGUGUGGGUUAACUUUACUCAGAGUAAGAAAACAGGAGGAAAUGCUGAUAAUAGUGGCAGAUCUACAUUUUCUAUGCACCCAAUCUAACCCCGAAAGGGCUCACAUAUCAAUAAAUGACUGUAUGGAACAUAACAUUGGUUUGGAUAAUUAUUAAAAACGAUUUUUGGAAAAAAUUCUAUUCAUUGCAAAGGUACAUGACAGUAUUAAAAAUGUAAAAUGCACCCAAUGUGUAUAAUGUUGUCAGAUCAUUAAGACCCCAUUCUGAGGGGAUCAAGCACAGAUUCUGAACACAUUUAAUGAAGGUGUAAAUGCUAAUGCUUUUCUGUGAUUUAAAUAAAAGUAUGCAAGGGGAAAAGUCAGAAAUGGAGAGGCAUUGAAAUGUGUAAAUGAAAUUCAGAACAUUCAGAUACUAUCUGGAUGCAAAAUGUAAAUGUAAAUGCAAGAUACUGUAUAUCUAUCCCAUGAUCUUUGCAUUGCUAAUGCAAUACUCUACCAAAUGAUCUACAGGAAUUGUAAAUGUG